CUUACAUAUUGGACAAAUCUGAUACUCGUUAGAUUCUAGGCAUACUCUCGAGCAAUUUUAGAAACAUGACAGGCACUGACUUUAGGAUUCCUGUCCGCUGAUAUUCUUCUGAGAAUCACCCUCUUCUUCCGCCAUUGCUGUGCUCCUCAUACGCUUUCUGGGCAUACAACCCUUCACUGUGGCUGCUAUUUGCCAUUGGGACCAGAAGCAAUCAUGUCGUCUCCCAAAACGCUCGUGGAUUCCUUCCAAGGAGCCCUGCGCAAACGAGAGGCCAAAUCCUGCCGUCGACGACUGACUGUCUUGCCAAAAGAUUCGGUCGACCUUUCAUCCAAUGAUUUUCUCUCUCUUUCUACCUCUCCCGCUCUUCGUUCUCGAUUCCUUCGGCUCCUGAACGGCGUUCCCGAGAAUGUCCCAUUUGCGAGCGGUGGCUCCCGGCUUCUGGACGGGAACUCGGCUUAUGCGGAACAACUGGAGCAGUUCAUAGCUUCAUUCCACGAUGCCCCAGAUGCGCUCUUAUUCAACUCUGGCUUUGAUGCGAAUGCAGGUGUGCUUUCAUGCAUCCCUCAGCCAGGAGAUGUGAUUGUCUAUGACGAGUUCAUCCACGCUAGUAUUCAUGAAGGCAUGCGUCUGUCACGAGCCGGGAAACGAGUCAUGUUCGAGCACAGCUCACCUGCUAGCUUACGAAGUGCUCUGGAGACGCAUAUUGCGGCGGAUCCUCUGAUCCGAGAUGGCUCUCGGAAUGUCUUUGUUGUGAUAGAAUCCGUCUACAGCAUGGAUGGAGAUGUGGCUCCGAUCCAGGAGUUUAUCCAGAUUGUAGAUCAGCUCUUGCCGAAGCGAAAUGGAUACUUCAUUGUUGAUGAAGCUCAUGCAACUGGGGUGUUUGGACCACGUGGUGCUGGUGUUGUUCAGCAAUUGGGUGUCCAAAAGCGCAUGUUUAUCAGAGUUCAUACGUUUGGCAAGGCCCUGGCUAGCCAUGGUGCUGUGGUACUUUGCUGCUCUGUUACCAGGGAUUACUUGAUCAACUAUUGUCGCACUCUGAUCUACACGACGGCCUUGGGGUUCCCUGGUCUUGCUUCAAUCCGUGCAUCGUAUGAACUCCUUUUGCAAGGAGAAACAGAACCUCUGCAACACAACCUCCAGCAACUGAUACAACACCUCAACAACAAACUCAAUGAGCUGGACUCGAUCGAUACCGCCGUGCUCCAAGUCGACCAGUUUCCAGGAUCGCCUAUAUUUUCAAUUCGUACUUUAUAUCCACGCCAUCUGGCGACUUUCUGUCAACAAAACGGAUUUAUCGUUCGCGCCAUCAUGCCUCCCACUGUUCCUGCAGGUAAGGAAAGAGUCAGGGUGUGUCUGCAUGCAGGUAAUACGACGGAGGAGAUUGAUGCUUUCGUGGAAACGAUUGAGCAAUGGCUUCAGAAGGUUAAAAAACAAGACUUUGCUAAACUGUAAAGUAUGGUUGCCAAAGGUUACGCCUUUUGUUAGAUGAUAUGGUUGCUUCCUGAUCAAGUAUUUGUACAUAUAGGGUAGUCAAAGAGCUGUACAUUGAGUGUCUUGCUUUAAUU